AGUGAGACCAUGGGGGGAAGAAAUCAUUCGUGGAUACCUGAGAUUGUGUUUGUGGGACUCACCAGUUCUUUGGAGAUGCAGCUUGUCCUUUUCCUAGUUUUCUCUGUGUUCUAUGUAGCAGGCAUUCUAGGUAACAUUCUCAUUGUGCUCACAGUGAUCUCUGACUACCAUUUACACUCCCCCAUGUACUUCCUACUGGCCAACCUCUCCUUUAUUGACAUUUGGGUUUCCUCCAUUGCAGCUCCCAAGAUGAUUUACGAUCUUUUCAAUGAGAGGAAAGCAAUCUCCUUCCAAGGCUGCAUUGCUCAGAUGUUCUUCAUUCAUGUUAUUGGAGGAACUGAGAUGGUUCUGCUCAUUGCCAUGGCCCUUGACCGUUACGUUGCCAUAUGUAGGCCUCUCCACUACUUGGUCAUCAUGAACUUCAGAACUUGUAUUUUGCUCUCGGUUGCUGCCUGGACCAUUGGACUCAUCCAUUCAUUGAUCCAGCUUCUAUUUGUUGUGGACUUACCAUUCUGUGGCUCCAAUGAGAUAGACAGCUUUUAUUGUGAUCUUCCUCGAUUUAUUAGGCUUGCCUGCACAGAUACUUACAGAUUGGAGUUAAUGAUCACUGCCAAUAGUGGCUUCAUCUCCCUGGGAACUUUUCUCAUCUUGAUGAUCUCCUAUAUCUUCAUUUUGGUGACAGUUUGGCAACGUACUUCCAGUGGCUUGUCUAAGGCCCUGUCUACACUGUCAGCUCACAUUACAGUAGUGGUCUUAUUUUUUGGUCCGUGUAUCUUUGUGUACUCAUGGCCAUUUCCCACAGUGCCAGUGGAUAAAUUCCUUGCCAUCUUUGAUGUGUUUGUCACUCCAUUCCUGAACCCUGCAAUUUACACUUUUAGGAAUAAAGAAAUGAAGGUGGCAAUGAGUAGAAUAUUCAGUCAGUUAUGGAGUUUCAGGAAACUCUUUUAA